AUGCUUGCAGACCUCACUCGCUCCGACCACCACACCCAAUCCCUCACCCUCUUCGCCCUCGCCCACUCCUCCUUCACACCCGACCACUACACCCUCUCCACCGCCCUCACUGCCGCUGCAAACGGCCGCCAUGUCGCCUUCGGCACCCAGCUCCAUGCUCACGCAGUCCGAACCGGCCUCCGAGCCCACUCCCACGUCGCCAACUCCCUUCUCUCGCUCUACGCCAAGGCCUGCGACCUCGCCUCCGUAGAACGCGCGUUCGCCGAAAUCCGUUUACCGGACGUGUAUUCGUGGACCACGCUGCUCUCCGCCUGCGCCAAACUGGCCCCUGUUACCCACGCCCUUCAACUGUUCGAUCAAAUUCCCAAGCGCCACGUGGCUGUCUGGAACGCCCUCAUAACCGGGUGCGCGGACAAGAGUCAUGAAGGUCUUGCUUUUAACUUGUUCAGGGACAUGCAAAGGAUGAGUGUCAAGGCUGAUAAGUACACUUUUGCCACCAUGUUGAGUUUGUGCUCUUUGGAGCUUUUGGAUUAUGGAAGGCACGUGCAUUCGGUGGUUAUCAAAAGUGGUAUUUUGGGUUGGACUUCUGUGGUUAAUUCUUUGAUCACUAUGUAUUUUAAGUGUGGGAGUGUUGUGGAUGCUUGUGAGGUGUUUGAGGAAGCAGAAGAAGCUGGCACGUGUGAUUAUGUUACGUAUAAUGCAAUGAUAGAUGGUUUUGUAAGUGGGGAGAGAAAUGAGGAUGCAUUUUUUAUGUUCAGAGACAUGCAGAAGGGUUGCUUUGGUCCAACGGAGGUUACCUUUGUGAGUGUCAUGAGUUCCUGUUCGUGUUUAAGAGCUGGUUGUCAAGCACAGGCUCAAGCUAUCAAGAUGGGUCUUGUUGGUUGUGUUGAUGUGAACAAUGCAAUGAUGACCAUGUAUUCUGGGUUUGGGGAGGUUUAUGAGGUUCGAGAUAUUUUUGAGAGAAUGGAAGAAAGGGAUGUUGUUUCAUGGAACAUAAUGGUGUCAACGUUUUUACAAGAGAAUCUCGAGGAAGAAGCAAUUUUGAGCUAUUUGAAAAUGAGGAGGGAAGGAAUUGAACCAGACGAGUUUACUUAUGGAAGUUUGUUAGUUGCAACAGAUUCUUUGCAACUUGUGGAGAUGAUCCACUCCCUUCUAUGCAAAAGUGGGCUUGUUAAAAUUGAAGUUUUGAAUGCCUUGGUUUCUGCAUACUGCAGACACAGGAAGAUAAAGUGUGCAUUUCAAAUCUUCUCUGCUGUUACCUAUAAAAAUUUGGUAUCUUGGAACAGUAUCAUAUCUGGGUUUUUGAUGAAUGGACAUCCGUUGCAAGGGUUAGAUCAAUUCUCAACAUUACUUCGUGCACAAAUCAAGCCAAAUGCCCAUUCCCUCAGUCUUGUUUUGAGCAUUUGUUCUAGCAUGUCAGCCAUGAGUCAUGGGAAACAGGUUCAUGGUUACAUACUAAGACAUGGUUUUUAUUCACAAGUUUCUUUGGGUAAUGCCCUGGUCACAAUGUAUGCCAAAUGUGGAUCUUUAGACGGGGCUUUGCGAGUAUUUAAUGCAAUGGUGGAAAGAGAUACAAUCUCUUGGAAUGCUAUAAUAUCUGCUUAUGCACAACAUGGACGAGGUGAAGACGCACUGUCUUGUUUUGAGGAAAUGCAAAUCACCCCUGGAAUCAAACCAGACCAGGCUACCUUUACUUCAGUUCUUUCUGCUUGCAGCCAUGCAGGUUUGGUCGAUGAUGGUGCCUGUAUUUUUGAUACAAUGGUGAAAGUUUAUGGAAUUUUCCCGAGUGUGGAUCAUUUUUCUUGCGUAGUUGAUUUGCUAGGUCGCAGUGGAUACCUUGAUGAGGCAGAGAGAGUUAUUAAAGAUGGAUACUUGGGAGCACAUUCUAAUAUGUGCUGGUCAAUGUUUAGUGCUUGUGCAGCUCAUGGUAAUUUAAAACUAGGAAGAACAAUUGCCGGACUUCUGCUGGAAAGAGAGAAUAACAACCCAUCAGUUUAUGUUCUUUUAUCAAAUAUCUAUGCUGCAGCAGGGCAGUGGGAAGAAGCAGCUAAUCUUAGGAACACAAUGAGAGAAUUAAGGACGACAAAGCAACCUGGCUGCAAGUAUGAUGUGAUGCAAGAUAUUCCAAAGUGGAAUUCCUAUUCUUGCAGAAAAUUGGCUAUAAGUAUCCCCGGGCAUUUAUUGAGGAGCUUGAAGCAAACUAUAAGGGAUCCGACUCAGAAAUAUGAUCUGAUUGAUUUGUACAAGGAAUACAAGGACAGUAGAACAGCUAAAAAUAUUACUGUUCAUUUCUUUGUUCAGAUCCUAAACAUGACUCACCAAAUCAAGGAUAUUCUUGAUGAGACUAUAGCUGCUGGAGGCGGUAGGAGAAACAAAGGGACCAUGACUCUGCUCAUCAGGGUCAGAGGUACAUCCAGAAGGUCUGAAAAGUUGGGUGAUCUGUGGAUCCUGCUUUCUUGGUCAGCCACAAGAAAAGGAGAACUUCAGCAGCAUUUUAGCCAAAUGCAGAUGCAAAUUGGUGAGACUUCACUAAUGAAUGCGGGCUUAUUAGUCAAGCUUGGAUUGUUGCAGGACGUGGCAAGAGCUAGGAUUAAAAAUGCCGAGGAGAUUAUUGCUUUCUUGAAGCAGUACAUGUGCACUAUGAUGGAUCCGAUGGUAGUUUUGGAGGACCAGUUAGGCUCCUGCACUAAGAACAAGAAGCCUGGACAUCUACACUAUCAAGAUCAUAUGGACAAUCAAUCCUUAGAUGAUGAAGCCUGA